GGGGCCCCCGGGGGCCCCCCUGGGGGCCCCCCGGGGGCCCCCGGGGGCCCCCCUGGGGGGCCCCCAGGGGCCCUGGGGGGCCCCCCGAGGAGGGUACUGUUUGGAGAGCGCGUUGGCUUCGUCUGCAGCAACAAGGAGGACGCGGAUGCUGCUGCUGCUGCUGCUGCUGGAACGGAGCAGCAGCAGCAGCAGCAGCAGCAGCAGCAGCAGGAACAGCCCCGCGGGGACACGCGGAAGAAGAGGAAGCAGCCGCAGCAGCAGCAGUCCAAAUCCAGCAGCAGCAGCAGCAGCAGCAGCAGCAGCAGCAGCAGCACAGACGGUGAUGGCACGGAGGAGCCAGAUGAGCUUUCCUUUUCUCUCUCUUUUUCUGCUGCUGCCUUUGCUGCUGCUGAUGCUUCAGCAGCAGCAGCAGCUGCUGCUGUCAAGUAUGCUGCUGACCCCGCGGACACGUCGCUGCUGCUGCCUUCAGACGACGAGCAGCAGCAGCAGCAGCAGCAGCAGCAGCAGCAGCGCAGGAAAGCGCCAGCGCAGCAGCAGCUGCCGUGGCUUGAAGCAGCAGCAGCAGCAGAGCCGCAGCUGUUUGCCAAAGAUGCAGCAGAAGGGUAUUAUCUCCCUUGGGAUGCUACCACCCCAAAGCCGCGAGGCUGCUGCUGCUACUGCCCCGAUGCCUCGCUGCCGAGCUCGUACCUAUUGGCUGCUGCUGCUGCUGCUGCUGCUGCUGCUGCUGCUGCAGGCCUGCCUCUGGGUCUGCAGCAGGUGCCUGUGGGGGAGGUGGUUUAUGUGGACGGGUGGCCGCAUGUGCUGCUGGCUUCCAUUCCGGGGGUGCCGCUGCAGCAAGGAGAGCAGCUUUUUGUGGAUUAUGGCUUUGACUGGGCAGCAGCAGCAGAUGCUGCUGCAGUGCGUUACGCGCGGCAGCAGCUGCGGGUUUUGCGGCUGCUGCAGCGGCGGGGGGGCCCCGCAGCAGCAGCAGCAGCAGCAGCAGCAGCAGCAGCAGCAGCAGCACCGGACCUCGACGAAGACGCCUACACCAGCGACCAGCUCUGCGCCAUUUGCUGCUCAAACUCGCUGCCCCGCCUCGAGGCCCCUGCAGCAGCAGCAGCAGCAGCAGCAGCAGCAACGCAGCCCUCCAAGCGCCAGCAGCAGCAGCAGCAGCAGCAGCAGCAGCAGCAGCAGGAGAGCGAAGAGGAGGAAGCAGGCAAGGAAGAGGGAAUUGUCUGCGACGGCUGCAACAGAGCUUUUCAUUUGAGGUGUAUAGACACUCCAAAUGAAACAAAUCCACCAAAUCCAAACUUAGAAUGGUUUUGCUGCUUCUGCCUCCAGUUCGCAAAAAGGGUACUGGGGGGCCCCCAGGGGGGCCCCCAGGGGGGCCCCCAGGGGGGCCCCCAGGGGGCCCCCCAAGGGGCCCCCACGGAGGGGGCCAGCGGGUUGGGAACAGCAGCAGCAGCAGCAGCAGCAGCAGAAGCUGCUGCUGCUGCUGCUGCUGCUGAUGCGGAGCUGCCGCCGCCGGAUCCUUCUCUGGUGCUGCCUCCUGGGCUGAAUGAAGCAGCAGCUUUGGCAGCAGCAUCUGCUGCUGCUGCUGCAGCUGAAGGUGAUGCAGCAGGUGCUGCUGCAGCAGCUGCUGCAACAGCUGCUGCAGCAGAAGGGGAUGCAGCACGCGCAGCCACGGACGCGGCGGCAGUACCAGCAGCAGCAGCAGCAGCAGCAGCAGCAGCAGCAGCAGAUGACACCUCAGUUGCCAACGCAGCAGCAAAGGAAGCAGCUUCGCAGCAAGACGCAGCAGCAAGAGGUGAACCAGCAGCAGCAGCAGCAGGUGAGCCAGCAGCCGCAGCAGAACCAGCAGCGGCCGAAUCAGCAGCAGCAGCAGCAGCAGAACCAGCAGCAGCAGCAGCAGCGACAGAACCAGCAGCAGCAGCAGGAGCGGCGGAAGCAGCGGCAGCAGCAGCAGCGGAACCAGCAGCAGCAGCAGCAGACACAGCAGCAGCAGCAGCAGCAGCAGCAGCAGCAGCAGGCCGCGUGUUCUCGUCUUUUGAAGCAGCAAAACUUGCUGCAGCAGGAAGGCCCCCAGUGCCCGUCAGGGGGGGGCCCCCCUUAUCUGCUGCUGCUUGGGGCCCCCAGCAGCGGCGGGGGGCCCCCGGGGGCCCCUCUUUGCCAGACUCUGUUUUUCUAAAAGCUAUAAAGCCCUGCAAGGAUUGCAGAAGACAAUUCGGCAGAGACGCAAACCCCAUUACUUGCAGGGUUUUCGAGCUGCACUUGGCGCCCAGCGAUUUGCUCGACGGCUGUUGGGGCCCCACACCCCUCGACGUCUGCAGGGCCGUCAUCAGGGCCCGGCCCCUCGCCGUCGCGCCUGCUGCAGCUGCUGCGCUGCUGCAGCGGAUGAGUUCUGCUGCUGCUGCUUUUGUUCCCCUUUUGGGCUUUUUCGCGGGGGAGACGAAAAUCAAAAGAAGCUUCAAGGAAGGCACCUUUGUUGGACGCGCGAGAGGCCUCGCAGCAGACCGAAGGGACGGAUCUCCUUGGGUCAUAAUUGACUAUGAUGACGGAGACGAGGAAUGGGUGCCCCCGCGAGUGUUUAUGGAGGAGCUGCUGCGGCAGUGCCUUGGCCGGCAGCCGCAGCAGCAGCAGCAGCAGCAGCAGCAGCAGCAGCAGGAGGAAAGCUCCUCCUUUGCUUCUCUUUUUCGAUUUGAUUUGCUGCCUUUUGUCUCCAGCGAUAAAGAGACAAAAAGAAGAAGACAAAAGUUGAACAUUCCUUACCCCACUUUUAAUUGGGGAGACCAGCCCGCGCUGCUGUUCCGGCAGCAGCAGCAGCAGCAGCAGCAGCAGCAGCAGCAGCAGCAGCAGCAGUUGGUGUCUCCGGCGGCGAGGAGCAGGCGGGCAGCAACGCCGGCACACAGACACACGCCGCCCCCCAGCAGCAGCAGCAGCAGCAGCAGCAGCAGCAGCAGCAGCAGCAGCAGCGGUAUCAGGUCCAGCAAGCGGCUGAGAAGCCGCCGCUGGUCUGACGGCGAAGAGUCCACUGGGGGCUCUCGCAUCAGCCAAGCAGAUGCAGCAGCAGCAGCAGCAGCAGCAGCAGCAGCGCCUGCUGCUGCUGCUUCGUUCCCCAGCAGCAGCAGCAGCAACGGCGGGGAGCAGCAGCAGGAUCGCGGGGCGUACGGCGCUUCUGGGCUUCCGGCGUUUUCUCCCGCUGCUGCUGCAGCAGCACCUCCCGCGGCGGCCGAGCCCUGCCCAGCAGCAGCAGCAGCAGCAGCAGCAGCAGCAGCAGCAGCAGCAGCAGCAGCAGCGGGGCGUGGGCCCCCAGCGCGCUGA